CUGACGUACAGCGGCGAAGAGCCUUUCGCGUUGACUCCUUCCAGAUUGUAAAGACGGCAGGACCCGUGGGAAAGGUUGAGCUAUGAAAGGAGAUUUUAUGAAAUAAUGAAACUUACAUUGCCUGAAAAUUUACUCUUUCAAAAGCCGUUGCAGUAAUUCGUUAGAAACGUUUGGACCGCACGUAGUGAAAGGGACAUUCCGGAAACUAUGCUGCAAGGAUAGUUGCACCAGCGUCACAUUGCUCAGUGGAACCGCAGUUCAAGCCGCUAAGAAUGACAUGAAAAUCUAAACUGGAGAUUUGAAGACCGCUGCUUUCUCGCGCUCAAUCAGAUGGAAAGCCAGCGCGGUCGUGAGCGAUGGAUGCGCGGACAGAGAUGUUUGUAACGACGGUUAACGAUCGCAGGAGAGUGGAAAGUGAACAGUAAAGAAUUGCUGCCGGUUAGCUUUCAAGAGGAUGGAUUUUAGCGUGCUACGCAACCUCAUUAGUAGAUACUGUGUGGGGGAAGAGUACUGGGUGGACAGUCGGACGGUUUAUAUUGGUCACAAAGAACCCCCACCAGGGGCCGAGGCCUACAUCCUUCAGCGUUACCCUGACAAUCGGAUCGUCUCUUCCAAGUACACGUUGUGGAACUUCAUCCCCAAGAACCUGUUUGAACAGUUCAGAAGAAUUGCCAACUUCUAUUUUCUGCUCAUCUUCCUGGUCCAGCUCAUCAUUGACACUCCCACAAGCCCCGUCACCAGUGGACUGCCUCUGUUCUUUGUCAUCACCGUCACCGCCAUUAAACAGGGUUAUGAGGACUGGUUAAGACACAAAGCAGACUGCAGUAUAAAUGAGUGUCCUGUGGACGUGAUCCAGCAGGGGGCGGUGGUGAGAACAGAGAGCCAUAAGCUACGGGUCGGUGACAUUGUCAUGGUGAGAGAGGACGACACGUUCCCAUGUGAUCUCAUCCUGCUCUCGUCCAGCCGCGACGACGGAACAUGCUACGUUACCACCGCCAGCCUGGAUGGAGAGUCCAGCCACAAGACAUACUAUGCUGUCCCAGACACCAUGGCCUUUGUAACUGAGCAGGAGGUGGAUUCUCUCCAUGCAACUAUUGAAUGUGAACAACCACAGCCUGACCUCUACAAAUUUGUGGGGCGGAUUAACAUCUAUAAGGAACAGGAAGAGCCGAUAGCCAGACCCUUAGGAGCUGAGAACCUUCUUCUCAGAGGAGCCACUCUGAAGAAUACAGAACACAUUUAUGGUGUAGCUAUCUACACAGGGAUGGACACCAAGAUGGCCCUCAACUACCAGUCCAAAUCCCAGAAACGGUCUGCUGUGGAGAAGUCGAUGAAUGCCUUCCUCAUCGUGUAUCUGUGUAUGUUGAUCGGUAAAGCGCUCAUCAACACUGUUCUGAAGUAUUCAUGGCAGUGGUCCUCCGACCACGACGAGCCCUGGUACAACCAACGGACCGAGAUCGACAGGGAACGCCAUGUGGUGAUCCGGGCCUUCACAGACUUCCUUGCCUUCAUGGUGCUGUUCAACUACAUCAUCCCCGUCUCCAUGUAUGUAACUGUGGAGAUGCAGAAGUUCCUGGGGUCGUACUUCAUUGCGUGGGACACAGAUAUGUAUGAUGAGGACCUGGGGCAGGGCGCCCAGGUCAACACCUCUGACCUCAACGAGGAGCUGGGACAGGUAGAGUAUGUGUUCACAGACAAGACUGGGACAUUGACAGAGAACUGUAUGGAGUUCAUAGAGUGUUGUGUGGACGGACACAUCUACAUCCCCCACGCCAUCUGCAAUGGACAGAUUCUCAGUGCUGCCUCCAGCAUCGACAUGAUAGACUCCUCACCAGGAGGACAGCGCAGGGACCACGAGGACCUGUUCUUCCGGGCGUUGUGUCUCUGUCACACGGUCCAGGUGAAGGAGGAAGAGACUGUGGACGGCAUCAAGAUGGGUCUCCACCAGGGCAAGCCCACCUCCUUCUACAUAUCCUCCUCCCCUGACGAGGUGGCGCUGGUUGAGGGCAUGAAGAGGUUGGGCUACACAUAUCUGAGACUGAAGGACAGUCACAUGGAGAUUCUGAAUAAGGAUGAUGAGAUUGAGAGGUUCGAGCUGCUUCAUGUGCUCAACUUCGACUCUGUCAGAAGGAGAAUGAGUGUCAUUGUCAGGUCCAGCGCAGGGGAGAACCUGCUGUUCUGUAAGGGGGCAGACUCCUCCAUACUCCCCAGGGUGGUGUCAGGGAAGGUGGAGCAAGUGAGGGCACGGGUGGAGCAGAACGCUGUGGAGGGCCUGCGGACGCUGUGUGUGGCCUACAGAAGCCUGUCCCCGGCGGACUACGAAGAGGCGUGUCAUCGUCUGAGCGCCGCCAAACUGGCCCUGCAGGACAGGGAUCAGCGUCUGAUGCAGGCUUAUGACUUCAUCGAGAGAGACUUCACUCUGCUGGGGGCAACCGCGGUGGAGGACAGGCUCCAGGAGAAGGCCGCCGACACCAUCGAGUCCCUCCACAAGGCCGGGAUGAAGGUGUGGGUCCUGACGGGCGACAAGAUGGAGACGGCGGUUGCUACGUGCUACGCCAGCAAGCUAUUCCGCCGCUCCACCCAGAUACUGGAGCUGACGAAGAAACGCACAGAGGAACAGAGUCUCCAUGAAGUCCUGUUUGACCUGAGCCGGACCGUACUCAGAGAACGCUCUGUUUUAGGGUUGUCUGUGGACUGUCAGGACUAUGGGCUGAUCAUAGACGGAGCCACACUGUCUGCAGUGCUGAAGCCCGGUCCGGAGAGCUCCGGCUCGGGGAACUACAGGGAAAUCUUCCUGGAGAUCUGUAGGAACUGUAGUGCCGUGCUCUGCUGUCGGAUGGCUCCCCUGCAGAAAGCACAGAUUGUAAAGCUGAUCAAGGCAUCUAAGGAACAUCCCAUCACUCUGGCCAUCGGAGACGGAGCCAACGAUGUCAGCAUGAUCCUUGAGGCCCACGUCGGAAUCGGCAUUAUGGGUAAGGAGGGGCGUCAGGCGGCGAGGAACAGUGACUACGCCAUCCCAAAGUUCAAACACCUGAAGAAAAUGCUACUGGUCCAUGGUCACUUCUACUAUAUCCGCAUAGCUGAGCUGGUUCAGUACUUCUUCUACAAGAAUGUGUGCUUCAUAUUCCCUCAGUUUCUUUACCAGUUCUACUGUGGCUUCUCUCAGCAGCCUCUGUACGACACAGCCUACCUGACGCUGUACAACAUCAGCUUCACCUCGCUGCCUAUUCUCAUAUACAGCCUGAUAGAGAAACAUGUCAGUGUGGAGACACUGAAGAGAGAUCCCAGUCUGUACAGGGACGUAGCUAAGAACUCUCUUCUGUGCUGGCCCGUGUUCCUCUACUGGACGUGCCUGGGCUUGUUUGACGCCUGCAUCUUCUUCUUCGGUGCCUACUUCCUGUUCGACAACACCACCUUCACCAGCAAUGGACAGCUUAUGACCACCAACACGCAGAUGAUGUUUGGGAACUGGACCUUUGGCACCCUCAUCUUCACUGUGUUGGUGUUCACAGUCACACUCAAGCUGGCCCUGGAUACUCACCUCUGGACGUGGAUCAACCACUUUGUCAUCUGGGGCUCCCUGCUCUUCUACGUCAUCUUCUCACUGCUCUGGGGAGGGAUCAUCUGGCCUUUCCUGAACUACCAGCGAAUGUACUACGUGUUCAUGCAGAUGUUGUCCAGUGGCCCAGCCUGGCUCGGCAUCAUCCUGCUCAUCACGCUCAGCCUGCUGCCCGACGUGGUCAAGAAGGUCCUCUGCAGAACCAUGUGUCCCACUGCCACGGAGCGUGCACAGGAUGUUGAGAAGCCGUCACAGGGCAGCGUGCCGGGGUUGACCCCCGCGUCCUCUCACCCCUCUGGACAACAGAGAAGCACCGACACCACCCACCUUCACCUCUGGGUUACAGAGCCCCUCCCACUCCACAGGACCGAACCCAUCCCCCAGAAACUGCUAUUGGCCCAUGGGGCUGAUGUGGGCAGGGCAGACCUCCAUAUCUUCAGCCUCCAGAAACUCUGCCUCUCUGGUUCUGGGUUUGCCUGCUACGCAGCGGAGCCAGAGACCUCUGUGUGAUACACACACACACACACACAGACAGACUAAUUUGACAUAAACCUACAAUCUACCAUGGAUGUCAAAGGAAGUGUGUUCCUGCUUAAACAAUGAAUACAGACACACACAUUCUGUAAAACAUGAAACAUCCCAGUUCUUCAUGUUCACUCUGACUGGCCAUUGGUCUCAUCGCGGUUGUAUUUCACCCAGGUCCUCAUCUUAGUCCUCUCCUCUGCCUCAUCUUAGUCCUCUCCUCUGCCUCAUCUUACUCCUCUCCUCUGCCUCAUCUUAGUCCUCUC